CCGAACCCCGGUCCUGGGCUGAGGGAGACGGCGCCCGGCGCCUGGAAGCUCCGGGCCGUGCUGGAGCAGCUGAGGCUGAGCCGCCGGGAGAUCUCGGCGGCGGUGGAGGUGGUGAACCGGGUGGUGGACCACCUGCUGCGGAAACUGCAGCAGGGAUGCGAGUCCGAGUUCAGGGGCGUGGGGCUGCUGCGCACCGGGAGCUACUACGAGCGCGUGAAGGUUUCUGCUCCUAAUGAAUUUGAUGUUAUGUUCAAACUGGAGGUCCCCAGAAUUGAGCUACAAGAAUAUGCCAACAGUGGUACUCACUACUUUGUGAAGUUCAAAAGAAAUCCCAAAGGAAAUCCUCUGAAUCAGUUUUUAGAAGGGGAAAUACUAUCAGCUUCUAAGAUGCUGUCCAAGUUUAGGGCAAUCAUUAAGGAAGAAAUUAAAAAUAUUGAAGCAGACACAGAUGUCAUUGUGGAGAGGAAGAAAAAAGGGAGCCCAGCUGUGACACUUCUGAUGAGAAAACCUAUGGAAAUAUCUGUGGAUAUAACCCUGGCUCUGGAGUCCAAAGGCAGCUGGCCCGCCAGCACCCUCAACGGCCUGCCCAUCAAUAGGUGGCUUGGAGUAAAAGUCAGGAACGAUAUGAGACGAAGGCCUUUUUACCUGGUCCCCAAGCAUGCCAGGGAAGGAAGUGGGUUUCAAGAAGAGACGUGGAGGUUGUCCUUCUCUCACGUUGAAAAGGACCUUUUGAAAAACCAUGGGCAAGCUAAAACAUGCUGUGAAACUGAUGGAGUGAAAUGUUGCAGGAAAGACUGUUUGAAGCUAAUGAAAUAUCUUUUAGAACAACUGAAGAAGAAGUUUGGAAAGCGAAAGGAGCUGACGAAGUUCUGUUCUUACCACGUGAAAACCGCCUUCUUUCACGUCUGUACCCAGGACCCGUAUGACAGUCAGUGGCUCUCUAGGGACCUGGAGCUCUGCUUUGAUAAAUGCGUGACAUACUUUCUUCAGUGCCUCAGGACAGAACAGCUUCAGCACUAUUUCAUUCCCACAGUCAAUCUGUUCACUCCAGACCAAAUUGACAAAGCAAGUAAAGAAUUUCUAUCAAAGCAAAUUGAAGAUCAGAGAAACAAUGGAUUUCCAGUUUUUGGUGCAUUUUGAAAUUAUAUUUUUUAACAGAAUCAAGAAUCAGAGUGCCUUUACAGUAACUGAAGUGUUUGGAAUGUGUCACAGCAAUGACUGAUUAAAAUGAAUGUAAAUCAUUAUUUAUUCAGCUCUCAGUUUGUCUCGGUAAAUGCUAAUUAACAUAAAAGGGUAGAUUAUCCUAGGAAAGAGAUUAGUCAAGGAAUAAGACGCAGAAGGAGUGUUGAACCAGGAAAGCUUUACCAGUGGAAUGAGAAGGACAGAAUUCCCAUCACCCUGGUUAACUCCAUCAGGCCCCUGCUGCACACUCCGCAUGCGGCGCUAAUGCAUGGAAGCUGGCGAGAGCAUCUUAGGAAGGACCGCUGCCUCCUUACUGUUGGUUUUGUUCAGCGCACAAAUAUAUUUAGAAGCCAUGUCCUGUCCUUCUUAAGAAGAAAAUGAAAAAAAAAAAAAACAGGUUCUGCAAGUCUCAGGAAAUUCAUAACCUUUUACAGGAAGGCACAGGACACUUAACUACACGUGGCUAAAUACAAAACAACUUAUUUCAUUUUCAGUACUACCUUCCAUGUGUAUUUCUGAAAAGGUAAUACGUACCCAUGGUACAAAACUCAAAAGGGUGUGGCAUGAAAUGUCGCCCUCUCUUCUUUGCGCUCAGGCAGGGUUCACCUAGAGGCACCUGCUGUUAACGUUUUCCCUUUCAUGUAUUUUGCACAUUUUCUUAUCGGUUAUUUUAUUGUUUUCUUGUCAUUUUAUUUUAUCAUUUUCAUAUAACAACUUCUACUGUGUGGAUUGUCUAUAUCUUUCUUUUUGUAAAUUUUCUUAAUUAAAGUAUAGUCCGUUUA